ACACUUUAGUGUCUCCUAAUAGACAGCAAAAAAAAAGGUUAAAUGUGACCUUUUAUGCUACCUUGAACAGGUUAGGAAGGUUUAUGGGGUUUACAAAACUAUCGAUUAAAUUUUUUGUACAAAUUAUCUUAGUGAGAUUUUAGUCUGGUCAGUUCUCCUUUUAGGGCCUCCUGUCACUUUAAAUCCAAAUAAGCUACUGCUGGCCACACACCCCUCAACUCAAUGUUUACACCCUACUGUGAAAAUGGCUGUAAACAGAUGUGCAACUUUGCAACUGUACAUCUUCGAAAAGCAUUAGUCAAGCCUCCUACACAACCAACAAGAAUGCAGCAAGUGUUUAUGGAUGAUACGUCAACAACAAAACACUUGUCUUUUCCAGCAGCCAUUGUACCGUGCAUACAGUGGUAAAAUCAGCAGAACAAACGUGAUGGAGCUCAGCUUUAGUUGCUAGGUGACAGUGAAGUGCCUGUCGAUUGUGCACGUUUUUAAGAGAAGCUGAGACCCAAAUGGAAGCAUAAAAUCAUGAGAAAGUGAAUUGUGCGUACAAGGUGCCCCUUAAGAUAUUCAAGUGGCUCAAUUAAAGUAUUAAUUAUAAAAAUACUGUAUGUGUUCAAGAGCAAACAGCAGCAAUCUCAAACAAAAUGUGUUGGCGUUAGUGGGCGGGAUUGCUCCUGCAUGUCUUUAGUGUAGUUUGCUUUGUGAAUCCAGUGCAGAAAUAAAGCAAAGUGGAUGUAAAAACAAACAAAAAAAAAUCGAUAAUUUAUCAUGCAGGUUCCUCGAACAUCAGAGACGUAUGUCCAUCGGAGCGGCCGCACAGCAAGAGCCACCAAGGAGGGGCUCAGCUUGCUGCUCAUCGGCCCAGACGAUGUGAUAAACUUCAAAAAGAUUUCCAAAACUCUGGGAAAGGAUGAGGAGCUCCCCACCUUCCCCGUGGAAAACAAAUGCAUGAAGGCCAUCAAGGAGCGCGUGAACCUCGCCAGGAAGAUAGAAAAGAUUGAAUACUACAACAACAGGGAGAAGCAGCAUGACUCGUGGUUCAAGCAGGCAGCAGAGGCCCUGGAGGUCGACCUCGACGAUGACCUCCUGAUCGGCAGCGCUAAAGACCAGGAAACAGACAUGGAGCAGAAGAAGAUGGUAAAGCAGAUGAAGAAGAAUUUAAAACAUCUGAUCUCUCAACCAAUUUUUAAGAACUUGGUAAAAACAAAGUACCCGACUAAAAUGGGAAAACUGGCCCUGGCGAACAUGCCUGUUGCAGGGAUGGAAAGCGCCCUGACCAGGAUUUCUGGACAGAAGCAGCUGAAAAGAUAUUUCCCACAACAGCAGAAACAACAAAAACAAAGGACAAGGAUCAAGAAGCAGGAAUAAUGUGGUUAAAGAAAAAGUUUCUGCACUAAAAAGAGCUUAAUUCUACCUUUAAUAAUUCUUAUAUUUGUGUAGCUUUGAGGAUGGGCUGCUAUAUUUUAUAAAGUUCUGUUUUCAUAA